AGGUCGUUGGCGCCCCCUCCAGGGACGUGUCAGCGAGCUCAUGGCGACGCGACGCGUCAAGAAUGUCGCCUAUGACGAUGAUGACCGCGACGAUGGCUGGUGGGACUCUGGCGGUGGCGACUGGGGCGGUGGUGACUGGGGCUCCGCUGGCUGGGGCGAGGGCUGGUCGGAGCCGAAGCCAACGAAGGCGGCCGACGCCAAGGCCAAGGCCAAAGGCAAGGCCGCAGCAGCCAAGCCUGCAGCCGCCAAGCCCGCAGCGGCCAGGCCCGCGGCUGCUGCGCCCAAGGCUUCGUCGAGCACCGCGGCCCCGAAGGCCAAGGCGGGCCCCGCGGAGGCCAAGCCCGCCGCCAAGCCGGCGGCGAAGACCUCCGCCGACGCCGAGGUGCUGCGGCUGCUGCUCGGCGACGGCGUGGACCCGGGGCGCGUGGACCGCGCGCUCGCAGCGGCCGGGAGCAGGGCGGAGGACGCCUUCCUGGCGCUCCUCGGCGAGGAGAUAGACGCCGGGCGGUGGGGCAGCGGCGGCACGGCCGCGCCCGAGGCCGCGGCGGCGGCGGGCGGCUUCGAGCCGCCCGCGCGCGCGGGCGGCGGGGCGGCGGCCGGGGGGGAGCCCCCCAAGAAGGCAGCGGGAGCCAGCGAGGAGGGCGCCCGGGAGGCCGCGAAGGGCGCGGGCGCGGCAGAGGGGGCGGCGCCCCCGCCGGAGGAGGAGCCCGGCGCCCCGGGCCCGCGGCCCGAGCCCAGCGACGACGCCCGGCCCAGCAUCAGCCUCGUGGUGGUGGGCCACGUGGACGCGGGCAAGUCCACGCUGAUGGGCCGCCUGCUCUCCGAGGUCGGCGUGGUGUCGACGAAGCAGCUGCACAAGCUCAAGAAGGAGUCCGAGCAGAUCGGCAAGGGCUCCUUCGCCUUCGCCUGGGUGCUGGACGAGGGCGAGGACGAGCGGGCCCGCGGAGUGACCAUCGACGUCUGCGUGAAGCACUUCGCCACCGAGGGGCGCAGGUUCACGAUCCUGGACGCCCCCGGGCACCGGGACUUCGUGCCCAACAUGAUCGCCGGAGCCGUGCAGGCAGACGUGGCCCUGCUGGUGGCAGACGUCUCCCACUUCGAGGCGGGUUUCGACCGCGGCGGGCAGACCAAGGAGCACCUGCAGCUCGUUCGCUCUCUGGGCAUCAGCCAGGUGGUCGUGGCAAUCAACAAGCUGGACACCUGCGACUGGAGCCAGGACACCUACGAGAAGUACAAGGCGGUCUUGCACGCCUUCAUCGUGGGCCCCGAGUGCGGCUUCAAGGCCUCCAGCGUGCAGUACAUCCCGCUGAGCGGACACGCAGGCGAGAACAUGCUGGAGAGGAAGGAGCCCAAGCUCUCCGCCUGGUGGGACGGCCCCACGCUGAUCCAGGCGCUGGACCGCCUGCCCCCGCCCCCGAGGCCGGACGCGAGCCGCCCGCUCAGGAUGCCGGUGUCGGACCUCUACAAGAGCGGCUCGAACAUCACCGCGUCCGGCAAGAUCGAGUCGGGCACGCUGACGGUCGGCCAGAAGGUGGUGCUGCUGCCCUCCAACGAGCAGACGGUCGUGAAGGGUUUGCAGGUCCACGAUGGGCCCGUCAAGUCUGGGGCCACGGGGGACUACGCGGAUGCGGUCAUCCUGCCUGUGGAGCCACAGUUUGCGUGCAUCGGCGGCGCGAUAUGUGACGCGAGAUACCCAGUGCCUGUGGUGGACUCGUUCCAAGCGCAGAUACUGGUGUUCGACCUCGAGAUGCCGCUGAUGCGGGGGCAGCAGCUGAUGUGCUACAUCCACACCGAAAGCUUGACGGCCACGCUGGCCAAGCUGGAGAAGCUGGUCGUCAAGGGCCAGCCCCAGGACAAGCGCCCCAAGUGCUUGCAGAAGGGCAACAGCGCAAUCGUGCAAAUCAAGGUGAGCCGGAAAGUGUGCGUGGAGCCGAAGCCAGAGGGCAAGGCGCCCGCCACCUCGCUGAGCCGCCUCGUACUGCGAGACCGCGGCCGGACCGUCGCAGCCGGCGUCAUACUUGCCGUCAACUGAGGGCGGAGAUGUGGCGAUGCAGGCCAGGCGGAACCGAGCGGGCAGCUGUGCAGGGAUGGGCGAAGGUGAGUUUUUUUAAACCGAACGAAGUGAACCCCACCCUCCCCCUCAGAAAUCGUGGGGGGUAGGGGUAGGGUUCGCAUGUGGCCCCCUGUUUUUUAAAUUCCUUCCCCAGGGUAACGCUGGUUACCCGGGCCAGAAACCCCCACAGGGGUAACGCUAAUGAUCGGAAUUGGGGGGGGACCUGGACCCCCCCCCUUACAUGCUGUGGUGUGCACAGACGAUUGAUGCGCCAGCGGCGCGGACGCACCCGGGCGGGUGCAAGCCGCGGCCGCCGUUACCCUUACCUUUCCCGCCCGCCCCCCCGCCCCUCCCCUGGGUAACGACCGCUAGCCGGAGAC